AUGGCGAACGAGGCUUUUGACCUGCCACUGGCGAAACGCCAGAAGGUCGUGACGGAGAAGUCCAGCCAUUCACGCGCGCCAGACGGAUCUCGCAUCUUCACCCCUUUCAGAACUCUGGGCCUUGUUUCGUCGACGUCCGUUCCGUUUACCUCGAUCCCUCUAGGCAAGACAACCUUUCAAAUAACAACUUCAGUUGGCCAGUCCUUGCAGACGUAUGACCUACGACGAGGUCUCAGUCUUGUCUUCUUGACCCGGCCACAGACACCGACUUUGAUUACAGCGACCUAUGCAUGGAGAGACCGUGUGUUUGCGGCCUGGGGCGGCCAGUCAGCGGCUCAGCAGAGCGGUGUUUGGGUGUUCAAGCGUGGUAAGAAGGUGGCUCAGCUGGAGAUGCCUUCCAUUGCCCCGGGGUCUGUUGUUCAAUCGGUGGAUCGAUUAGUCGUCUUUGGAUCCUGGAUUGUUGGAUGCUGCAGCAAUUGUAUCAUCGUGUGGAAAUCGGCAGAUUACUCCCAUUAUACAACCCUUACUCCUGCGGCCACCAAGAAGUUUACUAAGCUAGUUCCUAGUACUUUAUGUACCAUGCCUACGUACUUGAACAAGGUCUUUGUUGGACGUUCUGACGGUUGCGUCGAUAUCUGGAAUGUGUCUACCGGGAAAUUGGUGUAUUCAGUCCUCCCUACUCUUCCAGGCGCAGGUGCAGUCAGCGCAUUGCAGCCGUCUCCAGCCUUGUCUCUCCUCGCAAUCGCAUAUGCAUCCGGAUCGUUAGUCAUACAUAAUAUCCGAACAGACAAGCCCGUGCUUUGCUUGAAGAAACCUGGACUCACCAAUAGCGCUCCUAUAACGUCUAUCUCUUUCCGCACAGACAGAAUUGGGGCUGGGGAGGAUGGCCGGCAGGAUGGUGUAAUGGCCACUGCUAGUGCUGACGGCGGUGAUAUUGUCAUGUGGGAUCUGAAUAACGGCGGUCGUGUGACUGGUGUUUUGAGAAAUGCGCAUGAACCAUCUGGAGAAGACAGGAGUGUGCAGAUAAACAAAGUCGAGUUCCUGCCUGGUCAGCCAGUCAUGGUCUCAACCGGCUCGGACAAUGCCCUACGCACCUGGAUCUUCGACCAGACUCCCUUUUCCCCAAUCCCAAGACCACUUCAUGCCAGAUCCGGCCACUCCGCGCCAAUUACGAAAGUCAUGUUUGUUCCCUCGGGAUCCGAUGGGUCUGAAGUAGUAGGCAAAUGGCUGCUGAGCGCUGGCCAGGACCGUAGCCUGUUUGGUUUUAGCUUGCGCAAGGAUUCCCAGAAUACAGAGCUCUCCCAGGGAAAUGUAAAGAGCAAAGCCAAAAAGAUUGGCACGUCAAGCACGUCUGGCAGCCAGCAAACAAUUCGUUAUGAAGAAUUGAAAGCUCCUGAAAUAACAUGCUUGGCUUGCUCUCUGAACCGAGAUGGUGGCAUGGGAGCAGCCGCUGGAGGACCCAUAUGGGCUAAUGCGAAGGCCGUAAGUGCCGAGAACACAAACAUGACCGGCUGGGAGAGCAUUGUUACUGGGCAUAAAGGUGACAAGUUUGCGCGUACAUGGAUUUGGGGUAAGAAGAAGGCCGGCCGCUGGGCUUUGGAGACUGGUGACGGUACUGAGGUGAAGAGUGUUGCCAUGUCUCAAUGUGGGACAUUCGCCUUGGUUGGUUCCGAUGGUGGCUCGCUAGUCAUGUAUAACCUGCAGUCCGGAAUCCGUCGACAGUCAUUCCCACCGCGCCUGACGCCCGCCCAAGCUAAGAAGGCAAAACUACAACGACUGGUUGAUGGAAAUGAGAACGAAUUCGAUACGAAGAAGUCUGCUAAACAUACCAAAGCCAUCACAGGCAUUGUAGUUGACAGUUUAAACACUACUGUUGUCACUUGUGGACUUGAUGGUAAAGUUAAGGUAUAUACCUGUUGCUCGAGCUAUAUAUGUGUGUGUCAUUGUUGCUGA